CCAAUAGGCCUGUGUCGUAAAUUUCAAAAAUGGCUUAUUUCGAUAGUUUAGUACCUGUAUUAACCCAAAAAAAUAAUAUUUCAUGAUAAAAAUUAUAUUUAAAACACAUAUUUUAAGUUUGAAAAAAAUAUUUUUAAACUGACGUAAAAACACAAGAAAGUGUCAUGGCGUCGUGAAUGACGUCACAUAGUUGCAAGCGAUUGUGUUCACUUACGGCGAAAGUUUGUUUUGUUUAAAUAAAAAUGGAAACUUCGUAUUUUAAAAACUGUAUAGUGCCCCAGUGUAUAAAUACAAGUAUAAAAACUCCGACUAAAUUAUUCAUACGUGUUCCGGUCAAGGAAAAAAUGCGAAGAAAGUGGUUAAAACUGGCAAGGAGGAAAGAUGCUCAUUGUUUAUCAACAACAUCGAGAAUUUAUUUUUGUGAAGAUCAUUUCGAUUUGCCAAACGAUAUGCUGAAUUAUACCGAGUACCAUAUAAUGGGAAAGGUAUCUUAUGUGCGAAUGAAACCAGGUUGUUUACCAAGUAAAUUUGGAUGUCAAGAAGACAGAAGAAAACGAACCUGCACCAGUGCAGAGCGGCCAUACAUGAUAAAAAAACAGAGAAUGUCUACAAUAGCAGAGUGUCUUCAAGAAAGUUGUACACCUGAAAGUUUUACACCAAGUACUUCCCUAGAACAACAACCUCAAACAAGUUCAGCAGGUUUUCAAACCAUUGAAGAAAAUACACCAAAAGUGAUAUAUAAGCCGACAGCAGAUAAAUCCAUUCAAGUAAUCAUUACACAUAAAUAUAGAAGUAAAGCGAUCCAGACCCAUGUGAAAACAAUAGAUCAAGCAAUAUCACCUCUGAAGCCACCGAUAACAUCUAGUUCUACAUCCCCGUUUAAAGUAACAACCUGUAAAAAAUCAAGACCUUCUUCAUCUAUCCUAAAGAAGAUUACUAGAAAUAUACUGAUUCCAGAAGAACAAUCUGACAGUGAUAUUUCUCUAUACACACCGUCUGUGCCAUCUGUAUCUACUAACACAAGCUCACCAUCAGUGCAUGCAUUACAAGUGAAAUCAUCUUCGGACUGUAGUGAUUUUAUUGCAGAAGACAGAAAAAUAGAAGCAGCCGAGACCUUAUUGAGAACAAUAAGUAAGAUUGAAAAACGGCCCCGUUCAUAUAUUGGUGUGCCAAAAAAUUGUUAUUUCCUAAUUGAUAUAAUUAAAGACAAAUUAGACAUUCCCAAACAUCAUAUUUUGUUAUGUUUAAAUAAAAUAAGAUUAGAUUGUACAUUUCAUAUUUUAGUAGAUGAUUUUGGAACUAAUGCGUCUAGUUUAAGUAAGGUAUUUACAAAAAAUGUGCCUUUAAUAGCUAGUGUUUUACGUCCCUUUAUUGUGCCACUAGAUAAAGAUAUUAUAAAAAGGACUCUACCAAUGGCAUUCAGGCAUAAAUAUCACAACGUAAGUUGCAUUAUAGACUGCCUUGAGAUAGAGAUACAAAAGCCAUCUAAGGCUGUAAACCAAGCAAUGACUUGGUCAGAAUAUAAAAAAGCCAACACUAUAAAAUAUUUAAUCUCAUGUACUCCAAAUGGGUUAGUUAAUUAUGUUUCACCCGGAUUUGGUGGCAGAACAACUGACAUGUGUGUGGUAGAGUCAUGUGAUUUUAUAAAAUCUUUAAAUAGUGGCAUGUGUAUCAUGGCUGAUAGGGGCUUUAAGCAUAUAGAACAAUACCUUAAGAAAUCAGGUAUAACACUAGUAAGGCCUCCUAGUGUAGAAAAAGGAGCUCAAAUGACUAAAAGCGAGGCCAAAGAAACUAAACAGAUUGCUAGUUUGCGCAUACAUAUAGAAAGAGUGAUUCGGCGCCUACGAGAAUUUUACAUGUUAAGACCUCAUGCCUGCCUUCAUUUUAAUUUUGUUAAGAUACUGGAUGAUGUAAUUAUUAUUGCAUGUGCAUUGAUAAAUCUGCAAAAUUCUUUAAUAAAAUAAAACUAAAACUUU